GCGAACCAAGGGAAACCCCUGUUGGGUUUCAUCGUUGCAAUUUCGAUAUCGACAGAUAAACGUCCAGAGACAGGUGGAGCGGCAUGAUGACGAGAAAGCUCAUCGCGACGUUCCUGCUGCUGCAGGGUAUCGCGAGGCUCGGUCGCGUGGCAGCCGCGGACUCCACGCACGCGGCUGACCAGCCAGCCUCGUCCGCGGUCCCGUCGGGGCUUUCCGGGCCGGAUUACACGGGGCCAUCCGCCGGUUCCGACGAGUGCGACCCAGAAAUGGUGGGCUUCGAGCUGGUGACCGGUUACGUGUUCACCGCGCCAACGAACAUGCUGGAGUCCAUACCAGGAACUCUGAUGCUCACCGACUGCCUGGAGAUCUGUCAGGCGAACGACUCCUGCCAGGCGGUGAACUACGAGACGGGACUGUGCGUGCUGUUCAGUUCGAACGCCGACAGCAACCCAGGCGCUCUAUCGCAGUCGCAGUUUCCUGUGUUCACCAUUUACGCCCAGAAGAGCUGUCUGGCUGUGAAGCCUUGCGAACGAGCCUGGUGCAUCGACAGGGUCCAGGGGCAUAGGCUUCAGAGCCACACGCGCAGAUCUAUGACCGCCUCCUCGCGACAGCACUGCCUCGAGCUCUGUUUAGGCGAGAGGGACUUCCUGUGCCGAUCUGCCAACUACGCGAACGCGACAAAACAGUGCGAGCUUUCGGACAUGGAUCGCCUCACUGUCGCCGGAUCCAACGCUUUCCAAUCGGCUAAAGGUUUCGAUUAUCUGGAAAAUCAUUGUGUGGACGAGCCAGUCAAACUCUGCGAAUUCAAGAAGCUCGCUGGGCGUAUUCUGAAGACCGUGGACUCGGUUUACCAAGACGUUGGAACCGCCGAGGAGUGUCGAGAACUCUGUCUUAAUUCUCCGUUCCGUUGCCAUUCUUACGAUUAUGGCGACACUGGUGACAUGGUAUGCCGUCUCAGUCACCAUUCCAGAGCCACCCUUUCCGACAUUCAGGAACCGUAUCUCGACGUACCAGAGGGAUCAACGUACGAGCUGAGCUCUUGCUACAACGUCACCAUCGAUUGUCGCGCCGGUGACAUGGUGACGAGGAUCCAAACCAGCAAGCUGUUUUACGGCAAAGUGUACGUGAAAGGAUCGCCGAACUCCUGUGUACAGGACGUGAAAGGUGCGCUGGAAUUUGAGCUACGAAUGGCCUACGACGAUUUGGAGUGCAACAUCAGACAACAGGGUCUGGGUCGUUACCUCAACGACGUCGUGAUCCAACACCACGACACCAUCGUCACCAGUUCCGAUCUCGGGCUGGCUGUCGCCUGCCAAUACGAUCUGACAAACAAAACAGUGUCGAACGAAGUCGAUCUCGGCGUACACGGUGACAUAACUCCGGCCUUGUCGGAGGAAGUGAUCGUCGACUCGCCCAACGUAGCCAUGAAGAUCACCGACCGCAGUGGAAACGAUGCUAUCCCCUCGGCCGAGGUCGGGGAUCCUCUGGCGCUCAAGUUCGAGAUUCUCGACCCGAACAGUCCCUACGAGAUCUUCGUGCGGGAGUUGGUAGCUAUGGAUGGCGUAGACUCCAGCGAGAUAGUCUUAAUUGACUCGGACGGUUGCCCCACCGAUCACGUCAUCAUGGGACCGCUCUACAAGUCGGCUACCACUGGCAAGAUUCUGCUUUCUCACUUCGACGCCUUCAAAUUCCCAAGCUCUGAGGUAGUACAGUUCCGCGCGCUGGUGACGCCUUGCAUGCCGACUUGCGAGCCGGUGCAGUGCGACGAGGAGGAGGCCACCGGCGAGCUGCGAUCCGUGAUUUCCUUUGGUAAACGUCGUCGUCGUCGUUCGUCCGGACCCUCAUCCCAGACUCGCGAGGACCUGCUUCUGGUACAGUCGAUCCAGAUCACGGACAAGUUCGGAUUCGAGCACGACAGCAAGGCGUCGAACGCUAGCUCGGCUACCAGGGACACCGUUUUCGUUGAGAGCGAAGACAUAUCGUCCACGAUGGGCGUUUGCAUCAACCUGGGCGAGGCGAUCGUCGCUGGUACCAUCUUCCUCGUCGCUCAGAUCGCCAUCAUCGCGGCGUGGACCAUCACCUGGCAGAGACGCCGACAGAUGCUCAAGCAUCAAGAAGCUCUAUCGGUUUCGGUUUCCGUUCCUGGAAUGCAUUCCGUUCCGGGUCGCACCGACAGCCUCUGUAAGUUGUACGACGCCGGAUAUUCAGCGCGCCGUUUUUGAAUAGCCUUCGUUUCCUGUCCCCGUCCCUCAAUCACGUCUUCCUACGCUGCCAACGUUACGAACCUCCGGCUAACUUCGUAGAGAUCUCCGCGAGCGACUAUGGCGUCGAUAAUCUUUGCUUCAUUGGAACUUUCUCGGCCGAGUCGCUCGCGAUCCCAUUCUCGUCAAACGAUCUGGAGGAUCACGGAAUCAAAAAUCUCAAGAACAUCGAUGAGGGACAAAAAAAUACGUUGGAGGGGAUCACUCGAUAACCUUGGCUUUCAGGUGCAGCCAUCGUUGCCUUUCGAUCGGGAAUCGUGCAAAUCGGUUCGAUACAUAGGACAGAUAGAGUAAUUUUAAAGAUAUCGAACUGAGAAAGUAUUUCUGGAUGGAAAUUGUCUCUCUCGUCCGUGACACUUCGCGCUUUCUUUACCUUAUAGGAAUUAUUCCGCGCGCGAUCCCCUUUCUAUGAUCAACAGGCCUUCGUUGCUUCGAUUAAAUAGUCUUAAAAGUCAUGCACUGCAUCAUCCAAGAGUAAAAGAAGCAACAGUAACUUCAAACGUCGAGCGACCGGGCUCCCGCGAUCGCCGAUUCCUUCUAAACGAUCUCCGUUCAGAGCUGGCGGCCAUAAAAACGUUCGUUUUGGAUUUCGUUGGAUUUCGCUGUAGACUUCGGGGGCCGAGCGUACUUUAAAAUCGAACUUUCAAAGAGCCGAACGAACAACCGGAGGAGAAGCUAACGACGCCGUAGCAGCUAGAAGCAAUUAGGCGAUCAAAGAGCAGGUCCGAUCGAUUAUCCUCCAGCUCCGUCAUCUUUCAUUCAUAAUAGCGCAUAAUCUUCCGCGUUUCUUGCGACGUUUUCUUCCUCUUCUUGCUCUCUUCCCCCCGUCCAUCUCAUUCCCGUUUUUCCUGUCCGU